GCACAUUAUGUAUGUACCUUAUCUCACAGAUGAGGAAACAGGCCCCCAGAGAUCAACCUAGCAAGAGGCAAGGUUGGGUUUGAACUGAGAUCUGACUCAAAAGUCUGUGCCCUUAAUCCUUGGGCACUGACACUAUAACAAGAUUUGGCACCUGUUGGCCUACAGUGCCAGAAAAAUAAAACAAAAAUGAAACUUCAGCAGAGACUUCUGGCCUAGCCCUGGAGUUGGUGCCGUUGAGCCCUGGAACUAAUGCCCUUUGUGAGGUGGCCCCAGAGCUGGCUGCCAGUUCCGUCCUCCUGCUGGGGGAGGGGCAGGCAGAAGCCAGGCGCAAGGACCUGAGUAGAUGGUUCUGGCCAUGCUGGGGGUUCUGUACCUUAGGGCCAGGCUGAGCCUCUUCCUCCUCUACCUCAUCCUGGGAGCUACACUCCUCCGCCCGCAGCCACUAAGGCCUCAGCAGUCUGUUCCUGAGGAAUUUUCAGCCCCCCUGGAACUCUCGCAGCCACUUUCCAGUCUGGAGGAUGACUAUGGGGUUCGACCCAAGCACCCAUGGCCACAGGGGUCUCGACCUCUCCUCUCCAAGGCCCAGCAGCGCAAGCGGGAUGGGCCAGACAUGGCCGAGUAUUUCUACAACGCACACCUGUGAUGGG